AUGUAUACCCAUCUGCUUUCUCUUGCCUUGGCGACGACCGUCGUUGCUUUCCCAACGGUCAAGCCACAAGGGCCCAUUGGAGGCAGCAACCCAGCGCCCCUUUCUGGUCUGUGGACUUCCCCAAGCCAUGUCUACUCCAACGGUCAAUACAAGCAGGUCGUAUACAUCUCCUUCGAUGGAAUGCAUCGAUCCGAUCUUGUCAAAUACGUUGAGAUGUUCCCGAACUCGACCUGGGCCAGCAUCAUCUUGAAGAACGGCGUUGUCUUUAACAACGCCAAAGCCUCAACCCCCUCGGACUCCUUCCCGGCAACUACAGCGCUCUUCACUGGGGCGUCUCCAAGAUUGACAGGGAUUUACUGGGAUGAUACCUGGGCCAGGGACCUCUACCCCGCCUCUUCCAACUGCACUGGUCCAAUUGGGGCCGAAGCUGACUGGUCAGUUGCUUCGGACCUUGAUGCAACCUCGAUUACUGGUGGUGGUGGCUUCAACCUCUCCGCUGUGCCUAUGCGGUUGACCAGCUGGGGAGCGUGCGAGCCUAUCUUCCCGCAUGACUACCUUCGCACCAACACCAUUUUCGAAGUUGCUCGUGGCAAUGGCCUCAACACAGCUUACCUCGACAAGCACCCAACAUAUGAAUUUCUCAAUGGACCCUCAGGUCUGGGACUAACACAAGGUUAUUUCCCAGAGAUUGGCUCGGAGGCUGCCAAUAUGGCUGCUCAGUGGGAGUGGGAAGACCUGCACUGGUCGGCCCUUGCUAAUAUCACCGCCGGCCACUACGUGAAUGGCACUGGUUCAGUCGACUUCUCCCUCAUUGGCGUCAACUUCCAAGCCCUUACCUGGGCGCAGUCCAACGGUGGCGGAUACGCCAAUGGCUCUACAUUAGCCAACCCUGUCUUCGGCUCGAACAUACUGGCUGCACUCGAAAGAUACGAUGCAAAAUUAAAGAUCUUCCUCGAUCAGCUCCAGGCCGCUGGCAAGCUCGACUCUACCCUUCUUAUCCUCAGUUCCAAGCAAGGCCAAUCGCCCGUCGACGAAUCCACCCUGAAGCACAUCUCCUCCGACGCCCUGCUCAACGCAACUGGUGUUGAAGUAUCCUUCUUUACAGGUGAUGAUGCCGGCCUGUUGUGGCUCGCGCACGGUUCCGACGCAGCCACCGCCAAGGCCAAUCUCCUGGCGAAUGCCGAGUCCCUUAACAUCGAGUCUGUGCUCGCCGGCGAUGAGAUCUGGGAAUACGGCUUCGGCAACCCGCGCAAGGACCCGCGUGCCCCAGACGUAGCAGUCAUUGCCAAGGACGGAACGCUUUUCUCGACGAACAACCAGACUGGGAACCAUGGAGCGUGGUUGCCAGAUGACUUGGAGGUGCCCUUGGUCUUCUACAACCCAACCUUGACGGCGGCCAAUCACUCGCUGCAGGUGCAGACCCGGCAGCUGGCGGCGACGAUGCUGAGUGCGUUGGGCCUGCCCCUGGCACAAUUGGACGGAUGGAGAGAGGAGGGCUCACCAGUGAUUCCAUUUUUGGGAUUGGCCAACAACUAA